GGGGCCACGCAUCUCUCUCCAUAUGUAAACCGCCCUCUCGCAGGUUUUGAAGUCCUUCUAUGUUCCCUCUAGUCUGGGGACUCUGGACCCAGUAAAUACUCACAAGUCGUCACACUCCGCCCAAAGAUCAGUUCAGCCACCGCCAUACUUACCGCCACAGCAAUCACUGAAUCUUUGAACCAGGUAUCGUAAUCAUACAAUUCUUCUUCAAUUCAAAACAGAUUUAGGGAUAUUUUAACGUUAUCAAUCGCGACUUUACGCAAUUCAUAAUUAGGGUUUAGGUUAAGGAUGGGGAAAUCAAAGGGAGAUAAAGAUGGGCCACUCCCACCGUUUCUUGUAAAAUGUUAUGAUAUGGUUGAUGAUACAAAUACUGAUUCAAUAAUUUCAUGGUGUCCUUCGAAUAAUAGUUUUAUCAUCUAUGAUAUGAUUGCGUUCCAGAAAGAAUUGCUUCCUAAAUAUUUUAAACAUAGCAAUUUCUCUAGCUUCAUGAGACAAUUAAACACUUAUGGUUUUAGGAAAUUGGACCCUGAUCGGUUUAUAUUUGGGAAUGAAAAAUUUGUGAAGGGUAAGAAACAAUUGUUGAAGGAUAUUAGUAGAAGGAAAAAGAGCCAAGAACAUAGUAUUGAAAAAGAGCCGCAACAGAUGGAGAAUAAAGCGCCUGUCGUGCCACCAUGUAUAGAAGUAGGAAUGUUUGGAUUACAACAAGAAGUGGAGAUUCUUAAGAGAGAUAAAAAUGUGCUUAUGCAGGAGUUGGUUAAAUGUAGGCAACAACAACAAAAUGCAGACGUUGAGUUGCAUUGUGUGAGGCAACGGAUUAAAGGAAUGGAGCUAAAUCAGCAACAGAUGCUGUCAUUGCUGGUUAUGGCUAUGCAGAACCCAAGGUUUUUGUCUCAGUUGGUUCAGCAGAAAGAAAACAAUUGGCGUGUGGCUGAUGCAAGGAAAAAGAGACGGCUUCCUGCCCCAGUGCAAAGUAAUGAACAUGUGGAACCUGAAGUUUUUGAGGGUCAGAUAGUGAAGUAUCAGCCAUUGACAACUGAGAGUCAAAAUUCUCUACCGGCUCCAGUACUUGACACUGCUGAAUUUGAACAUACAGAUCCUGCUCCAAUAGGGGAUGAUGAUUUCUUUAACAAUAUUGAUUUUACAUCAUUUGUGGAACAUUUGCCACUGCCAGAUGUACCUGAAGAUUUAAUGGAGCAGCUUCUUUCGAUUGCCAGUCCACGACUACAGGAGAUUGAUGAAAUGGAAAUGUACACCACUCAAAAUCUGGAAGAUGAGGAGGGGAUUAAAUCAGAUAAUCUUGAUGCUGGGGUCCAAGCAGUCGAAAAUCUGGAGCUUCUAACAGAACAAAUGGGACUGCUAGCAUCUGAUGAAAAAUAUAUGAGUGAAAGUCCUUAAAAUAGCUUGUCGUGACAAUCUUGGGAGUUUUGUAUGUGUGCCAUCAUCCGAUUUUCUCUUGUUCAGCAGUUAUGCGGAAACCAUUGUUGGGAUGAUGGUGAGCGUUUUUUCUUCCAAAUGCAAUCAAAAAGGAUUUUAUAUAGACAGACACAUCAAAAUGCUGUGAAACAGGAGAUAAAACUGGAAACAUUAAGGGACGCUCCUGCGAUAACUAGAGCUAGUGACGAAUCCUCUAAAACUCGAGAACAAAUGUAGCUGGGAGAUGUGCACGGCUUUAUAACUGAUUAGAGGUGGCGAAUCUACAAUGGUGAGACAUAUGUCUUCUGGUGCAUGGGUGGAUGUAGUAUAUUCUCUAUUGAAUGCUGCUGCUGAUGAUAUAGGUAAUGACACACCUUCCUCGUAUAUAUUGUUUUCGAAUAA